AGUGCGGGUGCGGCCGGUGAGAUACUGCCACCAUCAUGGAGGGGAUUGUGACCAUGUAUCAGGACUUCAUGAAGAAAGCAGACCCCCGCAUCGCUGACUACCCGCUGAUGCAGUCCCCGUUCCUCGUGAUGGGCAUCCUGCUGGCAUAUGUCUACUUUGUGCUCUCCUUGGGGCCCCGGCUAAUGGCCAACAGGAAGCCUUUAAACCUGAAGAAGUUCAUGGUGCUAUACAACUUCUUUCUGGUGGGACUCUCGCUUUACAUAGUCUAUGAGUUCCUGAUGGCAGGGUGGCUGACUGGGUACACCUGGCGGUGUGACCCUGUGGACUUCUCGCAGGACCCCAAGGCCCUCAGGAUGGUCAGUGUUGCUUGGCUUUUUGUCUUCUCCAAGUUCAUUGAGCUGACAGACACGGUGAUCUUUGUCCUGCGGAAGAAGAAUGAACAGGUCACAUUCCUGCACCUCUUUCACCACUCUGUGCUGCCUUGGAGCUGGUGGUGGGGAGCCAAGUUUGGGCCAGGGGGAAUGGGCUCAUUCCAUGCCAUGAUCAAUUCCAUGGUGCAUGUUGUCAUGUACUUUUACUACGGGCUCUCAGCAGCGGGACCUGCCUUUCAGAAGUACCUGUGGUGGAAGAAGCACAUCACAGCCAUCCAGCUGGCACAGUUUGUGAUAGUCUCCAUCCACAUCUCCCAGUAUUACUUCAUGCCCAGCUGCCAGUACCAGUUCCCCAUCUUCAUCCACCUCAUCUGGAUUUAUGGGACCAUCUUCUUCAUCCUCUUCUCCAACUUCUGGUACCAGUCCUACACCAAGGGCAAACGGUUGCCCAGGGUGGCUCAGCAAGCAGCCCAGCACAACGGUAGCAGCGUCCAUGAGAAUGGUACUGUCACCAAUGGCAAAGUCAAAGCCAACUAGAGGGCAAGGCCCUCCCAGAGCCAAUGAGAGCCCCGGGGCAGAGGCAGCUGGGACCUGUUCCCCUGCUCCUGGGUGCCACUAGCCAAGUCAAGUGCCUACAGACUGUUGUACCCCUGUGCCCAGCCCUGCUGUCCUCUGUCUGCAUGCCCAGCCCCUCUGCUCUGAGCAGCCACGGCCAACUUCUCCUGCUCCUGGGAGGGCUCGUGCUGUUUGUCAGUGUUGCUGAGCAGAGAGGCAGCUGCCUGCACCACAGCUGUGGGGCCACAGUCCCAUUCCAGUGUUUCCAAAGGAACUUCCCUAAAGUGCCUACAUCUGGCCCUUCUGCCUGGGGGCCGUUUCCUUCUGACCAGGACCAAAAGAAGAGACCUGUCCCUGUCCUGGUGCCCUCUCCUCUUCCCUGUCUCACGAGAGCCUGUGGGUGAGCAGGCUUGGCCCUGGCUGCUUGCUGCCAGCUGCCAGCUCAGACGUGAGUGCUGCUGCUCUCCUGUGCCCCUUGGUGCAGUGCCCAGGCGGGGCCCUGCCUCUGCUCUGUGGCUGGACUCUGGCCCAGGCCUGCCCAGUGCAGUACAUGUGCCCUGUGCUUGGUGCACAGCAGGGCUUGUGCCAGCCCCAGACGCCUCCCCACGCCGUAAGCCCACGUUGCCUUGCCUUUCUGUGCCUGGGCUGGGUGCUUGGUGUGUGCUUUAGCCACACUUGCCUGAUCCUAAAUGGCAGCUGAGGGCUUGCUCCAGUGUAGGGGGGAGGCCAUGCUCAGCCUUGGCUUGGAUCACUUCCAUUCUUGCAACUUCAAGACUUGAGCAAUAAUUGCCCUCAGAAUCAGCUCCUGGGCUCUGCUGCUUGGGACCAGCCCUGCUCUGGCCCAGGGGGUGCACAGUGCAGGGAGGGUGGCUGGAGCCUGCCCUGCUGUGGUGUAACAGUGAGCCACUCUUGCCUCUAUGGCUCCACCUGAGCCUGGGUGAAGGUGUUACUCUGCCCUACAGCAGGGCAGUCCUGGGCCUGGUGCCCAUCACCUGCUCUGGCUGUAACCAAAACCGUGCCGAUGGCCUUGAGGGUGAGGUGAAGGAGCCAGGCCCCGUCAGAUUGGGCUGCUCUUCUAUCACAAAUAAACAGACAGAAGGAGAAA